ACACAUUGGUAGUUACAGUCCACCUUCUUAAAGGAAAAGAAGAAAGAACACAGCCAGAGAAGUCUUCCUUCAAGAAGUUAUCCAAGAAUCAUUAUGGAGAAUUUCUGCAACUCUACUUUUUGGAAUUCCUCAUACCUGAACACCCCGGAGGCAGACCUGCCACUUUGUUUUGAACAGACUGUUCUGGUAUGGAUUCCCCUGGGUUUUCUUUGGCUCCUGGCACCUUGGCAACUUUUCCAUGUAUAUAGAUCCAGAACCAAGACAUCUUCUAUAACUAAAUUCUACCUCGCUAAACAGGUACUCGUCGGGUCUCUGUUUAUACUAGCAGUGAUAGAGCUGGCCUUUGUAUUCACAGAAGACUCUGGACAAGCCACUAUCCCUCCUGUUAAAUAUACAAAUCCAAUCCUCUACCUGUGCACAUGGAUCCUGGUUUUGCUGGUCCAACACAGUAGGCUGUGGUGUAUACAGAAGAAUUCUUGGUACUUGUCCCUUUUCUGGAUUCUCUCAAUACUUUGUGGUACUUUCCAAUUUCAGACAAUGCUCCGGGCACUCAUACAGGACAGCAAGUCUAAUAUGGUCUAUUCCUGCCUAUACUUCGUCUCCUAUGGAUUCCAGAUCCUGAUCCUGAUCCUUUCGGCCCUUUCAGAACCAAGUGAUUCAUCACAUAAUCCUUCAUCCACGGCUUCAUUUCUGAGUAGCAUUACCUUUAGUUGGUAUGACAGCAUGGUUCUAAAAGGUUACAAGCAACCUUUGACACUUGAAGAUAUUUGGGAUGUUGAUGAAGAUAUUAAAACCAAGUCAGUAGUGAGCAAAUUUGAAGUAUUCAUGACAAGAGACCUACAGAAGGCCAAGCGAGCCUUCCAAAGACGGCAGCAGAAGAAUUCCAGGCGGAAAUCUGGAGCCACUCUACCUGGCUUAGACAAAAACCAGAGUCAAAGUCAAGAUGUCCUUGUCCUGGAAGAAUCUAAAAAGAAAAAAAAGAAGUCUGAAGCCACAAAAGACUUUCCCAAGUCCUGGCUUAUAAAGGCCAUCUUCAAAACUUUCUACAUUGUGAUCCUGAAAUCAUUCAUAGCAAAACUAGUGCAUGACAUCCUCUUGUUUCUGAAUCCUCAGCUACUAAAAUUUCUCAUCACCUUUGUAAGUGACAAAGACACAUAUCCAUGGGUUGGAUAUCUUUGUGCAAUCCUCUUGUUUGCUGUGACUCUCAUUCAAACUUUCUGCCUUCAGUAUUAUUUUCAAUUGUGUUUCAUUCUGGGAAUGAGUGUACGGACAACCAUCAUGGCUUCUGUAUAUAAGAAGGCACUGACCCUAUCCAACUUGGCUAGGAAACAGUACACCAUCGGAGAAACAGUGAAUCUGAUGUCUGUAGACGCCCAAAAGCUCAUGGAUGUGACCAAUUACAUACACUUGGUGUGGUCAAGUGUUUUGCAGAUUUUCUUGGCUAUCUUCUUUCUGUGGAGAGAGUUGGGACCUUCUGUCUUGGCAGGUGUUGGAGUGAUGAUUCUCCUAGUCCCAGUUAAUGGAAUACUGGCUACCAUGAACAGAAAUAUUCAGGUCAAAAAUAUGAAAAAUAAAGACCAACGUUUAAAGCUCAUGAAUGAGAUGCUCAGUGGAAUCAAGAUCCUGAAAUACUUUGCUUGGGAACCUUCAUUUAAAGACCAGGUUUCCAACAUUCGGAAGAAAGAGCUCAAAAACCUGCUGGCCUUUGGUCAGCUACAGAGUAUAAUGAUAUUCCUCUUACAAUUAGCUCCAGUCCUGGUGUGUGUGAUCACAUUCUCUGUUUACGUUCUGGUGGAUAGCAACAAUAUUUUGGAUGCAGAAAAGGCCUUCACCUCCAUCACCCUUUUUAAUAUCCUGCGCUUUCCCCUGACUAUGCUUCCCAUGUUGAUCUCGUCCAUGCUCCAGGCCAGUGUUUCUAUAGAUCGGCUAGAGAAGUACUUUGGGGGAGAUGACUUGGACACAUCUGCCAUUCGACGUGUCUCCAAUUUUGGUAAACAAAUUUGGAAGUUGCUUCCCAAAAAGAUUUUUAGUGAUGUUAAUAAGCACAUUAAGAAAUAUCAGAUGCUUAAGCAACCUGACAUAUAGCUUUUCAAACCUAAGAUCUAUUUGUCCCUCCCUUUUUCUGCCAUCUCAUCUGUCACCCUUCAUUUCUGGAGGUCCCAUUGUUGUGUGGUAUGAUUCUUUUCCAUCUAGGGCACUACAGCCUAUGUCCCUCAGCAGUCCUGGAUUCAGAAUGGCACCAUAAAGGACAACAUCCUUUUUGGAUCUGAGUUCAAUGAAGAAAGAUACAAGCAAGUUCUGGAGGCCUGUUCUCUCCUCCCAGACUUGGAAAUAUUGCCUGGAGGAGACAUGGUUGAGAUUGGAGAGAAGGGUAUAAAUCUCAGUGGUGGUCAGAAGCAACGGAUCAGCCUGGCCAGAGCUGUCUAUCAAAAUUCAGACAUCUAUAUUCUUGACGAUCCUCUGUCAGCUGUGGAUGCUCAUGUAGGAAAACAUAUUUUCGAUAAGGUCUUGGGUCCCAAUGGCCUUUUGCAUGGCAAGACUCGACUUCUGGUUACACAUAGCAUUCACUUUCUUCCCCAAGUGGAUGAGAUUGUGGUUCUAGAAAAUGGCACCAUCUUGGAAAAAGGAUCUUAUAACACUCUGAUAGCCAAUAAAGGAGUGUUUGCUAAGAACCAGAAGCUUUUCAUGAGACGUUUGAAUCCUGAAGAAGAGGCCACAGUCAAUGAUGACAGUGAGGAAGAAGACAAUGAUGGUGAACUAAUACCCAGUAUGGAGGAGCUCCCUGAGGAAUCUGCCUCCUUGGCCAUGAAAAGAGAAAAGAGUCUCCGUCGAACCAUGAGCCGCAGCAUUAGGUCCAGUAGCAAGCACCGGAAGUCCCUAAAAGACUCCUUGAAAACAGGGAAGGCGAAUGGCCUGAAGGAGAGGGAAGAACUAGUGAGAGGACAGAAGCUGAUUCAAAAAGAGUUCAUGGAAACGGGAAAGGUGAAGUUCUCCAUCUAUGUGAAAUAUCUGCAAGCAAUAGGGUUGUGUUCCAUAGUCUUCAUCAUCCUUAUCUACACGAUGAAUUCUGUGGCUUUUAUUGGCUCCAACCUGUGGCUCAGUGCAUGGACCAGUGACUCUCAAACCUUCAAUAGCACCACCUAUCCAGCCUCUCAGAGGGACCUGAGAAUUGGCAUCUAUGCUGCUCUGGGAAUAGCACAAGGUCUCUGUGUGCUUGGCGCAAGUAUCCUGACUGUGUACAGUUGCACCCAUGCAUCAAAAACUUUGCAUAAACAUCUGUUAAACAAUAUCCUCCGAGCACCCAUGAGUUUUUUUGACACAACACCCACAGGCCGGAUUGUAAACAGGUUUGCUGGUGAUAUUUCCACUAUGGAUGAUAUGCUCCCUCAGACGAUGCGCAGCUGGAUUUUAUGCUUCUUGGGGAUAAUCAGCACCCUUGUCAUGAUUUGCAUGGCCACCCCUGUCUUCGCCAUCAUCAUCAUUCCCCUUGGCAUUAUUUAUGUGUCUGUUCAAGUGUUUUACGUGUCUACUUCCCGCCAGUUGAGACGUUUGGACUCUGUCACCAGGUCCCCGAUCUACUCUCACUUCAGUGAGACAGUAUCAGGUUUGCCUGUUAUCCGUGCUUUUGAGCACCAGCAGCGAUUUCUAGCACGCAGUGAGAUGGGGAUUGACACCAACCAGAAAUGUGUCUUUUCUUGGAUCACCUCCAACAGGUGGCUUGCAGUUCGCCUGGAGUUUGUUGGGAACAUGAUCGUCUUCUGUUCAGGCUUGCUGCUGGUUAUUUAUAAAAGUACCCUAAGUGGAGACACUGUGGGGUUUGUUCUGUCCAAUGCCCUCAAUAUCACACAAACCCUCAACUGGCUCGUGAGGAUGACAUCUGAAAUAGAGACCAACAUCGUGUCUGUUGAACGAAUAACUGAGUACAUUAAUGUGGAAAAUGAGGCGCCCUGGGUGACUGAUAGGAGGCCUCCACCAGACUGGCCCAGCAAAGGUGAAAUCCAGUUUAAUAACUACCAAGUUCGGUACCGGCCUGAGCUGGAUCUGGUACUGAAAGGGAUCACUUGUGCCAUCAAGAGCACAGAGAAGAUUGGAGUGGUGGGCAGGACUGGAGCUGGGAAGUCAUCUCUUACAAACUGCCUCUUCAGAAUCUUAGAGCCUGCAGGGGGCCAGAUCACCAUUGAUGGCAUCGAUAUUGCUUCCAUCGGGCUCCAUGACCUUCGAGGGAAGCUGACCAUCAUCCCCCAGGACCCCAUCCUUUUCUCUGGAAGUCUGAGGAUGAAUCUAGACCCUUUCAACACCUAUUCAGAUGAAGAGAUUUGGAAGGCCCUGGAGUUGGCUCAUCUCAAAUCCUUUGUAGCUGGACUGACUCUUGGGUUGUCCCAUGAAGUGGCAGAGGCAGGUGACAACCUGAGUAUAGGACAGAGGCAGCUCCUGUGCCUGGGCAGGGCUCUGCUUCGGAAAUCCAAGAUUUUGGUCCUGGAUGAGGCCACGGCUGCAGUGGACCUGGAGACAGAUCACCUCAUCCAGACAACCAUCCGAAACGAGUUCUCCCACUGCACCGUUAUCACCAUCGCACACAGGCUCCACACCAUCAUGGACUGCGACAAGAUAAUGGUCCUAGACAACGGGAAGAUUGUACAAUAUGGCAGCCCUGAAGAGCUAUUAGAAAACCCCGGUCCCUUUUAUUUAAUGGCCAAAGAAGCUGGUAUUGAAAACAUUACCAACACAGCACUCUAGCAGCAAAUCCUAUGGGAUUUGAGACGACUAUAAGGACCAUUCCGUGUGUGUGUGUGUGUGUGUGUGUGUGUGUGUGUGAGUGUGUGUGUGUGUGAGUGUGAAUACAUUAUAGAGACAAAAUUGUAUAAAAUAUACUGUUUUUGAAAUGGGUC